AUGACUGACCUUUUACCACCCGACUAUUCCGACCUGGAUCUCCCAUCCUACGAUACCCUAAUCAGCUCUCCCGCUCCCGCUACGGCCGCUGGAAACCCCACUGCUAAAUCCGUACUUGGACCAACAACUCUAUACAUUUCAAAUCGCUUCGUCUAUUCAAGGGAUUCCCAAACACCAGUCUACGAGUUCUCCCACUCUAUCGGCUAUCUCCACGACCAUGACCGUAGCGUGAAAGUCGAGCGUGUCGACUCGGUCAUCAAGACCUCUACCGGUCUUCCUCAAGUCGCUCUGAAAAACCGCCACCUCUUCGAUCUCAAGCAUCCAACCGCCGCCGAGUUCCCCACGUUCCCCUACCAUGCCGAAGCCGCUACACGUCGAGCCCUGUGCUCCUUUGGAGUCUCUUACUUUCGCUCUGGUAACCUCUUGCGGCAGAAAAAGGGAUUCCGAUUCGACCGUGCAGUGAAGGGUGCCGAGCGAAAGCUAGAACCUCAGGGUAUACUAUACGAAGCGAACUCUUCACGGAGUAAAGGCGUCGGAUACGAGUGGAGAGAUGCGCAAGGAGAGUUGAUAGCAAGAGAGGUUGAGGAUGAGAAAACUAGCAUGAGUCUGGUUAUAACAGCCGAGAUGAGCGUUGAACUACGCGAUGCCCUCGUUGCCGCCUGGAUAUUACGGAUAUGGUACGAGUUGUCCAAGGGAAACAAUUCGGCCACGCGCUUGAUGCGGGUAGGCGGACCUCAGCAGAACCUAUUGUAUUUAUACGCUGGUCUCGCUGACAGCAGGUCGUAG